AGAAAGCCGGGUGUAACCGGUUCCGUGAAUGACAGUCACAAGAAGCGAGUGCUUUGGGCUAUGCUCACUUAGGCAGAGUUGGGAUAGUUGAAGACAGUGGGAGGGUCUGAAUUUGCUUGUCUAGGUGUUAGCCACGACUUCUUAAAAGCGUGUGCCCGAGGGAGGAGGAAGGAGAGAGACAAUGCUGGAUUGCCACCUUGGUUCUCACCACUCUGUGUCUCCCCACCCUAAAAAAAGUUUGUUGCCAGAGGGGAGGCCAGACUACAAACAAAAACAAAACAAUUUCUGUCUGCAGGCUUACUCUGUUGCACCUGUAAGUCGGCCUGUGAGGAAGGAUCUCCGUGGAGCAGAACUGUGGCUGCAGACUGGCAGGCAGGUAGAUGUGCUGGAGUCACGACUUGGCAGCUGUGAAGGAAAAGCCCCCUAGGAGAGAAAGAGAGAAAAUUCAGCACAUGCACACGCACCCCCCUGCCACCCAGGGACCCUUUCUGGCUCGCUAGUUACCUUUCUGUGGAUCUGAAGCAGCCAGGGUGGAGGGUGUGGGAAAAGAUGAGCAUUUCAUCCGAACCAAAAUCCCUUAGGAAACAAAUUGUGAUCAAUCUGCAAACGCAGUCUCAAAUCGUAGAAUUAAAUGUUGGCGGGGAGAUAUUCACAACCACCAUAAGCACCUUGAAGAAGCAUCCUGGUUCCAAGCUGGCCGAGAUGUUUGCUGGUGGGCAGACUAAGCCCCAGAUGGACUCAGAGGGGAGAUACUUCAUAGACCGGCCUGGGACUUAUUUCAAGUAUAUCUUGGAAUACCUGCGCAGCAACCAGGUGCCCAUGCAGUGUGUCCAGAACGUGUACAAGGAAGCUCUCUUUUAUGACAUUGAGCCUUUAGUCAAACAGCUGGAGGACUCCCCGCAGAUCUUUGGCGAGUUGGUGGCCAGGAAACAGUUCCUUGCCCGGGUGCCCAGCUACAAUGAGAACAUUGAGCUGAUGAUCCGCAUUGCCAGGGCAGAAGCAGUGGCUUCCCGCCAAUCCAGCGUCAUGGUCUGUGUGGUGAAGACAGAGGAGGAUGUUGUCAAGUGCCACGAUGCCCUCAAUGGUUUGGACACCUACAAGAAAUCAGUGGUCAAGUUUGGUCCCUGGAAGGCCUCGCCGGGCAUUUCUGAUUUGCUAGACUGCAUUAAAAUGGAUGUAGAGGCCAAAGGUUACAAAAUCUCUUUCCAGUCCUAUGUGCCAGAAAGGGGCUUCCGUUUCAAAUCCAGUGACUACUUGUACAAAUUUAUGUUCACUUGGUGGUAGCUGAAUCCAACGGGAAGGGCUGUAGCUCAGUGGUGGAUCAUCUGCCUUGCAUGUCAAAGGUUCCAGGAUCAAUCCCUGGCACCUCUAGGUGGCAUUGGAAUGAUUCCUGCCUGAAAUCUGGAGAGCUGCCACUAGUCCGUGUAGACAAAGACCGAGCUAGAUGAAUCGAUGGUCUUAUUCAGUAUAAGGGAGCUUCCUGUAUUCUUAUGUUCAAUGAUUUGAUUUGUUAAAAUAAGUAGAUUUUGAUUGUUUAUAAAAUUGCCUUUCCAGCUCUGCCCCAGUUCUACUGGAAAAACCUGAUAUCUUUGCUCCAGUAGAGGGUCUGGCUGUCAGUCAAUUGGGCAAAGGAGAAAUCCCCACUCCAAGUCAGAUUGGCUUUGCUUUGUGUCUCACUCUGUUUCCUCUUUUAAGUUCCAUUUGGAUUGGACACUUGUAAUGGGAAUCAUUAUACAGCAGUUCACGGGGCAGAUUUCCAGUGGUCUGGAUUUAUGAUGUGCAGCCGUCCAAAGGUUUUCUUGGGGGUAGGUGGGUGGCUGCAGAUCUGAUCAACUCCCAGCUCCUUAUUCUUUAUUGUAUUGCAAAGGUGAAGCAUAAGUCCAGCAUGUUUGGGAUUGCAUAUAGUGCAUAAACGGACGUUUGAAUUGCGCAUUGGCAUAUAGCACCUAACAUAGGGGAUAGCCCUCAAAUUGGUCUACUAUUAUUGUUUUUGGAUGGAUGGAAAUGGCCUUCAAGUUGAUCCUGACAUAUGGUGACCCUAUGAAUAGGGUUUUCAUGGUAAGCGGUAUUCAGAGGUGGUUUACCAUUGCCUUCUUCUGAGGCUGAGUACUGGGCCAAGGUCACCCAGUGAGCUUCAUGGCUGUGUGGGGAUUUGAACCCUGGUCUCCCAGGUCCCAGUCCAACACCUUAACCACUACACCACACUGGCUCUUGAUUAUUGUUAUUAGGGACAGUCUAAAAAUUAUUUUGGGAAUGCAGAGCUGUACAGACCCCAGUUUCUUAUACUAGCAACAUCUGCACCUCUGGAUUAAAUAAGGCGGUAAAGCUGCAAUCAUAUAUAAACUGGAUAGGAAAGGCAUGCAUACUUCUGACUAAAUAUGCUUUGUUGUUAUAUGCCUUCAAGUCGAUUACGACUUAUGAAUUUUGGAUAUAUUAAUAGGGUUUUCAUGGUAAGAGGUAUUCAGAGGUGCUUUACCAUUGCCUUCCUCUAAACCUAUGGCACCUGGUAUUCCCAGGCGGUCUCCCAUCCAUACACUAACCAGAGCUGACCCUUCUUAGCUUCCGAGAACAGACGAGAUCAAUCAUGUUCAGGGUAGUAUGGCCAUAGGCAAAUAUGCUUAGGAGCGGUUUUUUAAGAACCAGAUUAGGAACUGGAAACCAGUUUCAGUCUUGUGGUUUCUCCCAUGGCUGCCCCGUGUCCAAAUGAGUCAUAUGAGUAAGUCCUUAGCUAGUGGUCAUCAGUUAGUGACGUAGACAGCAUGGCUUUUGAUUGCCCUGGACUCAGCCACCAGCCACCACUUUCACCAGCAACUCCAAGUCCUACUCUUCCAUAAACUAAUACCUAUUUUCUCUCUCCACCCAAAUGAUUUUAUGUACUUCUGUCUUACGCCCUUCAUUUCCCUCUUUUCAAAGAUGGCCAAGAUCUGCAUUUGAUAUCUGAGGAGCAAUCCAGACUCUCCCUAAUGGACUGUUCACACGUUCUUGGUCUGUUUGUACCAGUCUUGGUCACCCACAGCCUCCAAUAAGAACAUACUGAGAGCCUUGCUGGAUCACACCGAAGGCUCAUCUAGCCUGGCAUCCUGGGCCCCUUCCAGAAAACCUGCUUAUUGAGCAUUCAUCCUGAUUUGUUUGCGCAGAAUGUGCAAGGGGGUUAGAUGACGUCAGCAAUUUGUUGAUCAUUUAUUCCAAUUUGUUUGCAGGGAGGUUGGACGACACUGCAUCAAGCAAAUAUUAUCCCACGCUUUCCACUGCAUUUCCCUGUCAAUUUCCUUAUCACAAAAAGUCAAAUUAUGGGGGAGGGUGGGUAGCAGGUUUGUUGUGCAAGAGCUGAAAAUCCACUUUAAGGAUGCAACCUUAAUUUGCCAGUAUGUGACUGAAUCUCAUUGGAAAAUAGCGACUGUCUGGAAGUGCCCUUGUUCUCAGUGUGGUUAACCAGAUACCUUUUCUCACUUAUCUUUGUGGUACAAGGAAAUUUCGUCCCUCACCCACCACCAGCACUUCUGCUGAAUUAGCUCUUGUCAUGAGUAGUCUUAAUAUUUCUUUUCAAGGCUGUUGGUUUAGCAUCCUUGUUCUUUAGGGAUAUUUGAACAAAUUGCACGCCCUGGAUUAGCUUAUGUUUACUUUUAUACUGAAGUGCUGUCUUCCACCAGAGCAUGCCAUGUGUCUUAUGCUUAAGUGGCAUGUCUUUUCUUCUUCCAGUGAUAUUUUUUCCCUGACUUUGCUGCGCUAUACAGAUUUUGCAGCUGUAGGAACAGAACUACAGUAGAAUCUAAGGGCUCGUUCACACGGCGACUUACUGUGAGAUUGGUGCUACUUGCAUCCCCAUUGAAUUUUAUGGUUCACAUGACGUUGCAAGCAAUCAGCAGCUAUCACACAGUUUUCCCAUAUCAACCCAAUCCAAUUCUAAUGCAAAAAGGAAAAACCGUCUCAGCUUUGCUGCGCUCCUCUGUGUAGGUGCUUUGCCUCGAUGUUUUUUUAGUGGGCAGGCUCUCUUAAGCCCCAUUGCUAGCUUCAUCUCUGUCUGGCGCCUGCAAAAGCUACCUUUCACUCACUCCCCCCUGUAUUCAGUUUCACACAGUUUGGUGUCAAUUGCACUCUCCCUUUGGCUUCAGCAGGGAGAGGUGUGCAAUUGAUAAGAAACAAUGAAACUGACAAAAAAAACUCCCCUUCUCCAUUAGCAAUAUCGGUACUCGGAGGAAGUAAGCAUGUAAAAUUACGAGCAGGGCCACAAGGAAACAGCGAUACUAAACCUCUCCAGAGGAAUGCCUACUUGGGUGAAAGGAAAACAGCAGAUUUGAAGGUAGGAAGUGUGAACCUUGCAAAAUCUAUUGCGAUGGCAAAACUGUGUCUUUACUGUGAAGUUCAGUUCCCAUGUGAAUGAGCCCUAACACAUAAGGGCAGAGGUAGGGCAGAUGAGCAGGUAAAGAGAAAUUCGAUUCAGUUUGCAUUUAUAGGUGAACUUACCAAAUUCACACUUUUGAAAACAAUAUGAGAACCAAAACCCAGCCACAGAGCGACAAUCCUCAUAGUGAUUUAACACUCAGUCCCUCUCCCCAGAGAACUCUGGCACUGUGGCUCUGUGAGGAGACUAGGGCUUGCCUAACAACUCUCACCGCUCUUAACAAACUACCAUUCCCAGCAUUCCUUUGGGGGAAGCCAUGUUGGUUUAAAGUAAGACAAUACUGCUUUAAAUGUAUAGUGCAGAUGGGGCCUAUGCAAAAUAAUAAAUGGACACAAAUAUUGACUUUUCAACUUCCCUGGAUACUCUGUAACUGACCUUAAGGUGACCAUCCUUGAACAAAGGAACUUCAUAGAGAGACUGCAACAUGAAACCACGGAAUUUCAAUACAUCAAGAGUUUGAAUUCUCUUGUGAAUUGAAUCAGCACAAUAGAUUUAUAUCACACUACCUGUGUUCAUUAGUUACCAAUGCUAGGAUGUCUGUGUUAUCAUCCCAACUGAGAUUUGUCUGGAAUAUUAAACAGUAUCUAAAUGCUUAUAAAUGUUUUUUUUGUUGAAUGACCACUAUUAAAUUAAUAAUUAUAACUGUU